AUGGCAGAAUGGGCUUGGACUGGAUGGCCCUUGUGCUUUCUUCCAACUCUAUGAUUCUAAGAAAGUAGGAAAGAAAGCCUGUGGCUCCAUCUGCACUGCAGAAACAAUCCAUUUUCGUAGAAUCGUAGGUGUUCUGUCACAUGGGGGGACAUUAAACAGUAAUCAAUCCAUUCCAGAUACCCUCUCCCUGGAAUAAAAAGCAACAACGUGGGGCCUAAAGUCCUGUUGCCUCCAAUAGUGGAGUGACAUGCACAUGCACACACUGCCAUUGAGAACAUUGGGCUUGCCAUCAGUGGACACUUAGAUCUGCAGAUGGCAAAAACACUGUAUUUCAUACCCUGCUCUUCAGCCAGAAAGGCUCUCAGGCUGGCUUGCUAAUUGUUAAUUUGACAUUUCCUACAGGUUUACAAUGUGAAAAGAUAUGAGUUUGACACAAAAGGAGAAGGGAAUGGGAAUAGGGAAGGGGAUCAAGUCCAACAGAUACUGCUUGUUUUUCCCUCCCUCUGUCCUUUCAGCUUCCUCUGGGCCAAGGCAUGAUGGAGCUGUGCCUGCAGCUUCUUCUCUUCCCACAAGACCAGGAAUUGCACCCUUAAUCAUCCUUGUGAUGCAGUUUCUCUGGUUGUUGAGUCCUUCAAGUUGCUUUGACUUACGGCAACCCAUCACAGGCUUUGCUUGGCAUGGUUUGUUCAGAGAGGGUUUGUCUUUGCCUUCCUCUGAAGCUGAGAGAGUAAUUUGCCCUGGAAUGUUACAUAGCUGAAGAUUCAAACAUUGGUCUCCUGAAUCAGUCCAACACUCAGAAUGACUAUACCACACUGGCUCUGCAUGAGGAGUUAUACUAAUUCACAUAUUGUUCAGAAGGUGAUAUGUCGAGCAAGACUUCAACAGUGUCUGACACAGAAAGUGAAUGGGAUUUUUAUUCUGCAUGUUGGGAAGAAAAUAUUGUACAUACCAACAAAGAUUCAGUUGAUUCUGGUAGUGAAAGUGAUUUCUGUCUUCGUUCAAAUAGUCAUCACAGUUUAUCUGAAAAACGGAAAGGAGAAAUCAUAUUGGGGAAGGCAGUACUGAUCUUGGAAAACAGUGAAACUAACUUUUCAGAUUGUUGCAAACACUGUCCCCUGUUGCAAGCACAAAAAAUUGAUAACGCUGAAGAGUUUCAGGUGGAAUUGUCACCAGAAUCUGUACUGUGCGUAAACUUUAAGGACUGUUAUACAAGUGGUCAUUCAUCAAAAGUUUAUUCAUCUAAAAUAUCCCAAUCCAAAUGUGAUGGAUCUGGGGAUGAUUUCUAUUUAAACCCUAUAAUCCCUCAUGUGAAUAUUACUGAAAAUUCAGUAACUGGAAAAACCUUUCAUUCAGUAAAAGAAGCUGGAUUUGAUAAACUACAUCAGAAGCAGUCAUCAUUUCAUUAUUUUCCAAGUUCCAAGCAUAACAAAGCUGUGCAAGUUUCCUUUCCUUCUGGGGAAACAGAAUCUGAAGGAGAUUUUGUCAGUGAAUGUUCCAAACAAUCAUCAGUACAUGCUAACAUAAACAAAACAUCAAUCAAUAAACCUUCAGUAUUUCACAGUGCUGAAAGUCAACUGGCAGACACCCAUUUAGGCUAUUCCAACAAGUCUUACAAAAUUGACAGUCCCCAAACUACUGAGCAAAUCUAUUUCCCCACCUCUUCAGGAGAACUUGUAAUUUCUCUUACUUUGGAAGCAGCUUAUUCAGAUCCAAAUGCUUCAUUAACAGGCAAUAUUAUUUCUUCAGAUGUUUGCAUAACAAAAGAAGAUUCACGGAGGCAUGAUUUAGCCUUUAAAUGUAAAGGCUCUCAACAAAACCAGCUGCUUGAGAAACUGUGUAUUUCUGUUGCCCCAUGUCCUGUGCAAGUAGAUACAGGAAAUCAGACACACAUCCCACCUUCUACAAAACAGGUAGGAUGUUCAGAUAUCCUAGAUGCUGAAACUAGUGAGUUUUUAGCAGUUAAUGUAGAAUCAUCUGAAGCUAGCCAGUCUCUAGCAGCUGAUACAGAAUCUGCUGAAUCCAGUUGUUCGGACUUUCAUUUUAAUCAAGGGUUAUCUACACUGAAACUUUUGGCUCCCUGUUGGUUCUUUCCACCCACUAAACAUACACAUAAAAAUCAUUCUCCCCACUUCUGUGUAGUGUUAUUUCCUGAUAAUAAAAUUACAUCUGGUUAUAAGACUUCUGAAGUUGAGAAGGAGCAACCAAAGGCCUCCAGAUGUGUGAAAUCUGUUGUGUUUACCAAAAACAAAGAAGCACAAAAAGGUAAACAAUUUAGAAGUAGACAUCAUAUCUCCAAAUUUCAUCGGCCCAAGACUUUGAGCACUGAAUCUAUAAACAAAAAUACUCAAAAGGCAGGUGAAAUAAGUGAAGUCUGUUACAGGCCUCUAACACAUGCUGCUAAGUGUUGCUGUAGCCCAUUACUUGAUUUUACUGUUGACCUGUUUUCUGCAGGAAAAGAUUCUGAGAGGUGCCUAAGUGUUCAUAGAGAGUCUCACAAACGAACCAGAGGUGGUAAAGUAAUUCCUAGAUUUUCCUCUCAUCAUUCUCUAGAUCCUAUAAAUAAUCUUGACAGGUUCCAAUACAUUUGUCCCAUAAAGAGAAAAAAUAAUUUGAAGAUGCAGAACAUACUGAACUAUUGUUUAGGGUGGUCUGGACAGAACACACAGAAAACUUGUGAAGGGAACAUUUGUCCCACCCCAAAUAGUCCAUGUUUGCCAGCUGAUGGAAAGACUUCUAUUGAUCCAGUUCUCUCAAAUUUGAGGAAUAGUUCAGUGCCACUUUCUACUGCAGUGCCUCUUUCAAAUGAGAGGAGGAGUUCUCCCUGUUUACAAACUGUGAGGAGUCCUGCAGCAUUAUAUCUUUGUCCAGAAGACCAGAGGCAACCAUCAGGCACCUGUAUACAAACUGACAGAGACACUUGGAGUUCUGGAACAUCUCCACAUGGCAGAUGUAAUAUCUCUCAUUUUCCUUGUGAAAAUAUUGUUAAAGUAGAGCAGCCACAGAAGGAAAGAUAUAUGUUUACAAAUACAGGUGUGGAAAGGCUUAAUUGUGGAGCUAACCACGUGGCUUGUGGAGGUUCAGCCAGAAAGAAGCCCCCAGUUUGCCCAUGUGGAAAUAUGCUACAGUGUGGCUUAUUCCCUAAUGGAGAGAUUUCAGAAUCAAUUAACAAGAAAACUAGAGCAAGUCCUAAUAGUCACCGGAGAGCCAAUAUAUGUGAAUCGGACAGGAUAAGAUCUCCUGUAGGAAGCUGCAACACAGAGGAUGCCUGCUGUGGUAGCUGCCAUCAUGGUUUCCCACCCUGUUUUUACAACACAUGUGAACAAGGAGCUUCAAGAAACCAGAUCAUUAAAGUAGCAUCUUUCUUUGAGAAUGGAUUCCCCCCAAAGAACCUGAAAAAUGACAGCAUAGAGAAAAUUAAAGCAGUGAAACCUAGUGAAAGAAAAAAUGUCAGGUUCCAUACUGGGUCAGAUACUUUACAAAUGUACCCAUCAGGCACACAACCUGCUUCACCCUUGAAUGAUGACUGUGAGACAUCAAAACACUAUCACUAUGAAUGCUCAUGCUGCAGGACUGGUACUAAAGAGCAUCUUGCCUCAUCAAGAGAAGGACACUGCUUUGGUGCAGAACAUAAAAGACUCAAUGGCAGUCUGAACAGGGAGAGUAUUUUUCUAGUGGAUUGUGGUCAGGAGACUAGAAGCCAAUGCAAAUGUUCCCAAGAAAUCCCUCUUUUCAGAACUGAUUAUACGGAUAUGUAUAAUGAAAAGAGACCUGCAGUUUCCACACAAAAGGAAUCUGACUUUCAGGAUUCAUCACGGAUUAAUGAUGGCUGGAAAAGGCUUGAUGGGAACCACAAAUGCUGCCACAAUAAUGUUUGGUACAGUCAUUGACAGUGAGAAGUGGGAAGCAUGUUGAAAUUUUCAUGAAUGUUGGUGCUUCCUUCACAAAUGACAUCAAAAAAAAAUAAAGCACAUCAAAAGACCACUUUUAUGGACUUUUAGUGACAAUCGCUCCUUAUAAUGAGAAAAAUGAAAUGUUACUUUAAAUUGACAGAUUAUAGAUAUUAUCUAACAGAUGAAGAUAAACUGUUUCCUCACAAAACAAAGGCAGCUCUGCAGCAAACAGUAAAAAGGGUGAAAUUGCAAUCCUGUUUCUGUUUACCUAGGAGUAAAUACUAUUGAAUGUAUUGUAGACAUAAUGAAUUCUCUUCACAUUUAAUGCCAGAGUUGUAGAGGACAUUACUCUGCUGGAACAAAACCGACAUCAAGUGUGAGAUUCAUGAAAUCCAUCAGGUGCUUUGAGCUAGUCCUGUAUAUAGUUCAGAAGAAUAUACCCUUGUGUGUGCUGUGUGCCUUCAAGUUGUUUCCAACUUAGGACUACCCAAAGGUGAACCUAUCUUGGGGUUUUCUUGACAAUUUGUUCACAAGAGAUUUGCCAUUACCUUCCUCUGAGGCAGAGA